CUGGGUAGCAAAAGAGAAAGUAAGUAUGUUGCAGCCGGAGAUCAAUGAAGCCUAAGUGAAUGGGGGCUUGAUGUGUAGAUUAAAUCGAUCGCCGCAGCCGCGCGCCAGGUGUUGGAGGAUAGCCAUUCAUUAAUGAAGUAAAGAGAGCUUGAGUUCCUUUGACUUCCCAUUCUCAGCCUCCUCAUGCCUCCUUCUCCAUUAGACGACAGGGUUGUAGUGGCACUCUCCAGGCCUGUAAGACCUCAGGAUCUCAAUCUUUGCUUAGAUUUCAGCUACCUUGAAUCUGCUUCCUCUGCCACUGAAAACACCGUGAGUCUCCUCAGCACGGCUGUUGUGUCCAUCAAGGCUGCUAAUCUGACGUAUAUGCCCUCAUCCAACGGCUCUGCCCGCUCCUUGAGUUGUGGAUGCAGCAGUGCCAGUUGCUGCACUGUGGCAACAUACGACAAGGACAAUCAGGCCCAAACCCAAGCCAGCACCAGCAGCAUUUCUGCCAGCAUAGGAACCUUGACUACUUGCUCAGCAAACCAAAUGGUCAACAACAAUGAGAACUCUAGCCCUUUGAGUCCAUCUGGUGGUGUGGGGAGUCCAGUCUCAGGUGCAACAAAACAACUGGCAAGCAUCAAAAUCAUCCAUCCCAAUGACUUGGCAAAAAAGAUGACCAAAUGCAACAAAAGCCACCAAGGCCCAGUCAUCAUUGAUUGCCGGCCUUUCAUGGAGUACAACAAGAGCCACAUCCAAGGGGCUGUUCACAUCAAUUGCUCUGAUAAGAUUAGUAGGAGAAGGCUUCAGCAGGGCAAAAUCACUGUCUUAGACUUGAUCUCUUGCAGAGAAGGCAAGGACUCCUUUAAAAGAAUCUUUUCCAAAGAAAUAGUUGUUUAUGAUGAAAACACUAAUGAGCCAAGCAGAGUAAUGCCUUCACAGCCAUUGCACAUAGUGCUGGAGUCUCUCAAGAGGGAAGGCAAGGAACCACUGGUUCUCAAAGGUGGACUCAGCAGUUUUAAGCAGAACCAUGAAAACCUCUGUGAUAAUUCCCUCCAACUUCAGGAGUGUCCUGAAAGUGGAGGUGGAGGGGCCGCAGUAACCUGUACACUACCUCAGUCCAUUGCUACCACUCCAGAUAUUGAGAAUGCCGAGCUCACCCCCAUCUUGCCCUUCCUCUUUCUUGGCAAUGAACAUGAUGCUCAGGACUUGGAGAAGAUCCAGAGGUUGAACAUUGGCUAUAUAAUCAACGUCACCACUCACCUCCCUCUCUACCAUUAUGAGAAAGGUUUGUUCAUCUACAAACGUCUCCCUGCCACGGAUAGCAACAAGCAGAACCUCAGACAGUAUUUCGAAGAGGCUUUUGAAUUCAUUGAGGAAGCUCACCAAUGCGGGAAGGGUCUUCUUAUCCACUGCCAGGCUGGGGUGUCUCGUUCCGCCACCAUUGUCAUUGCAUACCUUAUGAAGCACACAAGGAUGACUAUGACGGAUGCCUAUAAGUUUGUCAAAGGCAAGCGACCAAUCAUUUCUCCCAACCUUAAUUUCAUGGGGCAGUUAUUGGAGUUUGAAGAAGAUCUGAACAAUGGAGUCACACCACGAAUUCUUACGCCAAAGCUGAUUGGGGUUGAGACUGUUGUGUGACAUCAAAGAACAACAGGACAGGUUUCCCCCCCACCAACUUUCCACAAAUUGGGAAGCAUGGGUGAUUCUUUUCUUUUUAGCUUUACUAGGGAAAGCUUUUUUUUUUUAAACUUUUUUGAAAGUCGUUACAGAUUUUUGCGCAGAAUGCCAUUGCAAAUCAAUUCUCAAAGGAAUGGAGGAAGGAGGAAGGCUUAAAAAGAAACCAGCUUUUAAAAAUGGAUGUUUAUGAGAAAAAAUCUUCCUGGAUAUUAUUUAGGUUUUUGUUUUUUUUGAGGGGGUGGGUACCCAGUAAUCAUCUACUUGUAGAAAUUAUGACUAAGUAGUCUGUGCAGGUUCAUAGACUGAGAACAGCUAUAUAAUUUUUUUUUAAAAAAGUAACGACAGAACCAGCCAAAAUAAUAGCAAAAAGACUAGAUCCACAGGCCUUGAAUUUGCAAGGACUUUACUAAAGAAAACCCUAAUGAAAAUGCUUGCUGGUGCAAAGAUUAUCAGAGCAGCUUAAAUUAUUUGCAAAUCACAUCUCACCCUUUUGGCUAGAGAACACCUUUUUAUUUCCUCUGGUGUUUCAUCUUCUGGUACUAUUUUUUCUAUUUGGGUUGUGGGUAGGAGGGGUAGGACAUUAAACACCAAGGGACUUGACCAUUUUAUGCCAUAUGCCUUUAUUGGCUUCUUGUGCAAUAAUAGUUUUUGGGAAUGGAAAGUAUUUUUAUUUUGAGUGUUCAAACCAAUUAUUGCAGGCUACCCAGUAAUCAAAUACUAUUUUUUUAAGAAAUAGUGCAAAGAUUACUGGCUUGAUAUAGAAGCAGGAAUACAACAAAAGCAAUUAUUCCCCCCUCCCCCUUUUCUGGUUCUAGUAAUGGUGCCAUAAACCUUGUUACAUAUGUAUAUCAGAAUGUACAAAGAUUAAGAAUAAGUUUAAAGUUUAUUUAAAAUAUUUUUUCGCACAAAAUUCUGGCGUGUUUCUGUUUAUGUAAAGAAAAAUAUUGAUUAUAAAAUGAAGUGUUUUAGAA